GGUCUCACCGCCUUGAGGUUGCAACUUCCCGAUUGGCCAACGCGAAAUUUCACCAGGGCCGGCGGGCAUCGCGUCCAUCUGGGAAAGCCUUCGCAUGCGUCCAGGAUAGUCACUGAUUCUCUCGUCUGUGGCCUCGAGUGACCGCGUGGAAGGGCCCGGAUAUUCCCAAUGGAGGUGCGUAUCUAUACCUCGAAGCGCCGUCGCACCGAUAAUGGCUACGUCGACCCGGUGAACGAUUCCUCAUCCGACGAGCUGGCCGCCGUCUCCGAUCACGAGAUGGACCGCCGAAGGGCCAGCUGGUCCGCUCAGAAGGCUUAUAAGUCGAGACGGUCAUAUCAGCGAUCGCCUCGUCUGAGUGAUUCCGGGAGUUCAGACGAGCUCGCCGUCGAUGCUGGUACAUACUGGAGGGAGAGCAAGAGACGGCGCUCCAGAAGCCGCAGCGGUUCCCGCAGCCGCAGUCGCGGGCGCAGUCCAUCGCAUGAUGACAGGGCAGGAGGUUCAGGACCGCCAGAAGAAAAGUCAGAGCAGCAAUCGGAGGAAUACGACGAGCGACAGGAGGAACCUGGAGCAGAAGAUCGAAACAUACAGCCCGCCGUGCGGACACCGUCGCCAUUACCUCCCCCACCUCCGCCAAAACCUGAGCGCCUGAAUUACCGGGUGAGAUCCAUACUGAAGGGGCACCUGCGCGGAGUCUCAGCGGCCAAAUUCUCACCAGAUGGAUCGAUGAUUGCAAGCGGCGGCGCCGAUGCGGCGGUUAAGGUUUGGGAUACACUGUCUGGAAAGCUCAUACAUACAUUCGAAGGCCACCUGGCAGGAAUUUCCACCAUUUCCUGGAGUCCAGAUGGAGAGAUUAUUGCUUCGGGAUCAGAUGACAAGACCAUCCGUCUAUGGAAUGUGCUGACGGGGAAAGCACAUCCGAUCCCUUUUGUCGGCCACCACAACUACGUCUAUGCCAUUGCCUUCUCUCCCAAGGGUAACAUGCUAGUCAGCGGCUCCUACGAUGAAGCGGUUUUUCUCUGGGAUGUCCGGUCCGCCAGUGUGAUGCGGUCGCUCCCUGCGCAUUCGGAUCCCGUUGGCGGAAUCGACGUCGUCCGCGAUGGCACGCUGAUCGCAUCCUGUGCGAGUGAUGGAUUGAUCCGAAUAUGGGAUACGGCUACGGGGCAGUGUCUUCGCACGAUCGUCCACGAGGAUAAUCCACCGGUCAUGUCGGUAAAGUUUUCGCCUAACGGGAAGUUCGUGCUAGCCUGGACUCUGGACAACUGUGUACGACUGUGGAACUACGUGGAGGGCAGGUGCAUCAAGACAUAUCAAGGCCAUGUCAACCUGAAAUAUGGUCUCUGCGGCGGAUUCGGGAUCUACGGUGCGCCGGGCGGCAAGCCAGAGGCAUUUGCCGUCAGUGGAAGCGAGGACGGUGCCAUCCUCUGCUGGGACGUCGUGAGCAAAAAGGUUCUACAACGGAUUGAGGCACACACCGACGUGGUCCUGGGCGUGGACACUUGCUGCAUCGGGGACAAGAGACUCAUGGUGAGCUGCGGGCUGGACCGGACCGUGAGGAUCUGGGAGGAAUUCCCCGAAGACGAAGGAGAGAAUGAAAAUGAGGCUCCGGAAGCCAAAAUAAACGGUGUGGGAGAAGAAGAAAACAACAGCAGCAGCAUGCCCGCCAGUGUGGCGGAGCCGGAUAAGGGCGCAGAAACUAAUGGAGAUGGGAUGAUUGAAUGAUUCUUUUUUUCUCUUUCUCUUUUUUAUUAAUAGUUGCAUUGCAUGUAGGUCAGGGACCUCGUCAGAUCAUCCUAGUGGAUACCCAAUAUAAUGAUAUGCAUACAUUCAGUCAGUCAGUCCAUGUGCCAUCCAUUUCGGGGUAAUAGUAGCGCGUGCAUGCAGCUGCGCUCGAUGUACGAUAGAACACG